ACAAUGGGUUGUAUGUACAAUCUUAAAAGAAACUUGUGUUUUCAAGUCUUUAUAUUUCUAGUGAUAUUUGCAGUAGACCUUGCGGACCUUCUCAGUGACUGGUUAUUCUUUAAUGAAUUGCGUCUACAAGAGAAAGGGUUGGUAUUCGGACCAAUCGAUACAAAACUCCUUUAUAUUUUACUUGGAUUCUCUUGUGCUGGAGUUUUGACAUUUCUAGUGGAGAUAGUUAAUUUCGGAAGACAUAUAUUUCGACCAGAUGAAAAAGGUUGGCUGGAUGUGGAUUAUCUAUCCACCUUUGUUGUUUGGGUGGAGGAAAUACCCCAAAUAUCAAUCAGCGUCAUUAUAGCUGCUUGCCGAGAAGAAGGUGUUAGUAUAUAUCAAAUUUCGAAAGCAUCGAUUGUGAUCAUUGGGUGUUUUGCCAGGUUAUUAAUAGGUUUGAUACGAUACUGUCUACGUAGAAGAAGGGGAGAAUAUAGAAACAAAAGAUCGUUUAAAUGUUGUUCUGGAUUACUGCUCUUUGGAUUAGUUUUAUCUGUGAUAGGCUCUUCUCUAGUGUUUGUUUUCUCCCAUAUAUUAAGGGAUGGUGACAACAUUACAUUUCAAAAACCUAAAGAAUUUAUUUUAACGAAGCGUGAUACAGCUAAGUAUUUCCCACACGUUGGAAUAUUCCUAAACAGUAACGAGCUGAGAAACGGGAUAGAUCAAACAUAUACACAGGAUGAAUGGAUAAAACUCAUGGAUCUUAUCGACUUAGAAAAAAGUCCACAUCCCGUGCAAAAAAUAAAGUUCACAAAGAAUGGAAACAUGAAAAUAAAAAUUGUAACAUCGUCAACACAAAAUUUGGGAACACUCACAUCACAGAAACUUCGAACGGAAUGUUAUAAUGAAACAAAUGGCUGGUUUGUAUCAAACUCUACCGAGUGUUCUAAGUUAUUCAGUGCCACUGAUGUUACAUCAGAAUUUGUGAUUUACUAUAACUUUAUACCACAGUCGUCACAUCGUAUGAUGGGUGACGUCACUUACAAUACCAGAUACACAUCCAGUGGAGAGUGCUACAACGAACCUAACAUAAACAAUACACAAUUAUAUUUAGAAUAUUUCAAAGCCACGUCUCAAACUGAAGAUCGAUUUCACUUACUUUUGCCAAAUGGAAAUGUUUUCAAAACUUUAUUCAAAUUUUACACACCAGAAAACUUGAUUCCAAUAAAAAAAGCUUGGAUGACUGGAUUUCUGGGAUGUGAGAGCUCAGGCAGUGAAGCUCCUCAUUGGGACAAAUCUAUACAAAUCAAAUGUUUUAAUAUUUAAUAUUAUAUAUAAAGCUGACUAAGUGAACUUUCUAAAAGAAAUCCACAAUAUAAACAAUAAGUACAGAGUUAUCUCUCUUACAAUGGACGAACCAGAGUUAUCUCUCUUGCGAUGAAAUAUAAUAUUUUUAUGUGAGGCAGUUUUACAAUUUUCAUAAUAAAGUGUGAUUUAAAAAUA